AUGGCUUCCGCAUUCAGCAUCCUCACAGCAGGCGGAGCAAAGUUUGACAGGAACAGGUUCAAGGACGACCUCGAGCUGUUCACCACGAAACAGAAACGUAAAGACCGUAAAGGCAAAAGCAAGCAGGUAGACAAUGUCGCCAUCACCUCUGCCCUCCCUAGCUCCCUCGACUUUUUCGGCGAUCAUCCUCAGCAGAAACCCCAGCAGCCAGAGUCGGAAGAUGAAGAUCCAGAUUCGGACUCAGAGUCCGAAUCUGGAUCUUCAUCGGCGUCAAUCCCCGCGCCUCCUGCUCAAAAGAUCACCCUCACAGGUCCCGACCCACUCCCGAAAUCUCUUCACACCAACCUCCCCUCCCUAGUCAGCCACGAGAACCACCCCCUGACUUCCGCUGAAGGCACACCCCUCCUCUCGGCGCUUGCUUCGGCAAAUAUCCACUCUCUGUGGGGUGUUCAAUGUGCCGUGGGCGGUUGUCUCUUGGAGGAUAGAGAUACGAUAUGUGUUGCCCCAACAGGGUCUGGUAAGACGCUCUCAUACGUCUUGCCGACCGUAGUCAAGCUCCGCCAACCUUCAAGAAACUUGAAGGAUCAAGAGGAGGGCAAGGGUAUCAGAUCGUUAAUCCUCGUUCCCACCCAUGACCUUGCGGUCCAGAUUCAGGGCGUCGUGAAGGCUGUGACCCGGGGAAAACAUUGGAGAGCCCUGGUACUGAGUAAAGCGACGGAAAAGGCCAUCUGGGAGAGUGCUCCGGGAGAAGCUGCUGGGGAGGACAAGGAGAUGGAAGGGGACGAUAGCGAAGACGACGACGAGUCUACAGGAUCUGUGGACGAAUUUGUUCCGAAAAAGUCUGGCAACCCGGAAGGUCUGGGCAUUGAUAUACUAAUUGCCACGCCCGAACGGUUGCACCACUUGGUCGACUCUAAAAAGGUGUCUCUUGCCCACACAAAAUACGUCGUCUUGGACGAGUCUGACCGUCUUUUGUCGCCCGACUUUCUUCCCCAGAUCGAACCCAUUCUCGCGGCUUGCACCAACACCCAGGUGCAAAAGUGCUUCCUGUCCGCGACCAUGCCCUCUGGUGCUGAAGGUCUGGCCAAGAAGUGGUUGAAGCAGGGCGGUAUUCGAGUCGUCGUUGGUGUCAAAGACUCUGCUGUCACGACAGUCGACCAGUCCCUUCUGUACACCGGUUCGGAAGCCGGUAAACUGCUCGCCAUGCGUAAUCUCAUCUCCACCGGCCAACUUCCCUACCCGUCCCUCAUAUUCGUCCAAUCUAUCGAACGUGCCGAAGAAUUGUACAAGACUUUGCUCCUGGAUGGCAUCAAAGUCGACGCUGUGCAUGGCGGGAAGGCCAAAACGAAGCGAGACGAGGCAAUCAAGAAUUUCAGGACGGGCGCGGUUUGGAUGCUGGUAGUGACUGAGGUUUUGGCAAGAGGCAUGGACUUUAGGGGUGUUAAAGUGGUCAUCAACUAUGAUUUCCCUCAAACAGUUCAAAGUUAUAUCCACCGAAUCGGUCGUACCGGCCGAGCUGGUCGCCCUGGUAAAGCCACCACCUUCUUCACUCUUGAAGACGGUCCACACCUCCGUACUAUCGCCAACGUCCUUCGCUCUUCCGGCUGUCCCGUCCCAGAGUACAUGUUGGAGAUGAAGAAGCCGAGCAAAAAUGAGAAGCGCAAGCUGGCUAAGGCGCCGGUGAAGAGGAAGGCUGUUGGAGGCGGAGGGAGAGAUCUGGAGAAGGAGGCGGGAAAGAAGAGGAAAGCGAUGGUGGAGGCUAGUAAGCGGAGGAAAGUGAAGGAAGCGGAGCAAGGGAGCGAUGAGGAAUGA